CCCCCUAUCGGCAGAAAGGGCCACGCAUUCUGUAGGUUUCGGUGUCGGUAAACCGUGGCGUAUACGCGAUCGGUGCACCCUAGUUUUUGCCCAAAAACACUUCUUCUCAUAGGAAACCGACUCAAAAACCCGAUCCAGUUACCAUGUUAUCGAAUGCCGCGAGGCAGCUAGCGAGCAACGGUGGUCGCCUCGAGGCCGGGAGAUGAAAAACCCGCUGCUAGCUUUUAUGUUGCUGCUGUUGUACCUGCCGGUGCCGUUUUGGGGCCAGCGCCUGGCGCCCCCUAGGAACUACCACUCAGAGGACGAUGACGAUGACCAGCCUCUUCUGGACGACGAGAAGGACGAGGUCGUGGAGCUACAGGGAAAUUCCAGUGACGAAAAAGGACUGUACGUCGGUGCUUCCUGCGAAUUCACCUGCAGUUCCCGCCUGCAGCACGUCUACUGCAACCCGGCGAGCAGUCGCUGCGAAUGCGAGAAGAAAUAUCCAGUCAGACUCAACAAUCCAUACUCUGGCUGUAGGAAACCUAAGAAAUUGGGAGAACAAUGCUACUACCACGAAGCCUGCGAAUACACCGAUCAGCAUGCUUCCUGCAUCCAGGUACACCACAACGCCAUCUGCCAGUGUCAGUCUGGAUACCAUUCUGUAUCAAUCCAGAAACCAUCUAAGAAGAUCUUCUGUGCAGAAGACGUUCAGGUAAUAACAACAGACUUUUCAACGUUUGCUGGAGUUUUAUCUGGAAUCGCAAUACUGUCAGGUUUGAUUUGUUUCGUACUGCACUUGUUCAAUCAGAACCUUUAUGGAUCUGGUGCCAGGAGGCACAGGUUUGGAAAUGCCAACCUGGCGCCACCUAUACUGUUUUCGGGUGAUCCAAGCUCCCUGCCCCUGCCCAUGCUGGCCCGAGGCGACGGUGCCACGUCGCAGGCGUCCACGCGCCGCACCGGAUCGACGUCGACGCGCCGCGCCAGCAGUCUGGCAACGUUGCACCGAGCGCCGGGAGUGGCGACGGUGCCGCAGUCACGCACAGGCUCUAGAAGGCCAAGCUUAGCUUCGGUGCACAGCUCCAACUCGGUGAGGAGCUACAGCGCCCGAAGGUACGAGAGGGAGAGAGAGCAGAAGGAAGAGAGAGAGAUGCAAAGACGUCUGUCGAAAAUGACGUCAGCGUCAACCAGUAGGAUCGCCCCCACCCCUAGUCCGCAUUCAACGGACGAUUUGUUACCCACCCUGGAAGAGGAUAAGCAGAUACCGCCAUUAGCGACUAAAGAGGACUCUACGACUAGUUUCCAAGAGGAGAGUCUUCCGUCUACUUCGAAACAGUGUCCAUAGUGGGAUGCGCAAGUUAUCCUGCAUAGAUUAAACAAUAAUUAAAUAAACAGAGACGUUUAAUAUGAAAAUCGAUGUUGACAAUUUGUUUUUACAUGUUUUUUGCCUAAAGCAAUGCCUAAAAUAUGAAAGAAAAUAAAUACAGGU